CGGGGCCUGGCGCCACGCGGCCGGGCGCUAUGGCAACGGGAGGGAGCUCGGCACGGGCGGCGGGGCUGUCGCGAUAGGAGUGCUCAGCCAGGCUGCGGCAACAGGAGGCGCUGCCCCCACAGCUGGCCGGUCGUGCCUGUCGCGAUAGGAGCUCCCUGCCUGCUCUGGGUGCCCACAGCCCCGUGCCGGCAGCCGCAGGGUGAUGGAGGCGGACGGAGCCCUCGACCUGGGCGCGCUGCACCAGGAGCUGCGGGCGGCGCUGGCGGCCGACGAGAAGCACGCGAGGGAGGACGAGGCCAAGUUCCGCGCCGUGCGCCAGCGGGUCGGCUCCUACGAGGAGUUCAGGGACAUCGUGCUGGCAUCACACCUGAAGCCUCUAGAGAAAAAGGACAAAAUGGGGAACAAGAGAAACGUGCUGUGGAACCCUUGUGCAGGCCACACUAAGGGCCAGCAAGCCGGUGACGUGGAGAUACCCCAGGAGCUGGAUCAACUGCCUGGAACCUCUGCCGAAUUUUACCGAGAUUGGCGCAGAUGCUUAAAAAGCGGAAAAGAAAAAUACCAGCUUUUGCUUAAGCUCGAAGGGAAGGCCUUGGGCAGAAUCUUUCAGGCUGACUUGGGUUUUGGCCUCCUGGGUGAAUUCCUUGCUGUGCUGGCAGAGAACAUCUGUCAUGAAGACAGAGAUGCUGUCCUUCAGAUCUUACAGAGCCUUUCUGGCACCAAGCGCUUUGGGUUAAACGUGGAUCUUCUGAGUGAGUCGGAGAAGGAGAGCACCAGGGAUUUGUUUAGGAAGCUGCAGAGCAUGAGCAGGGAUUAUUGGACCCCUGGCCACUUUAGUGGCCCAGACAGCUGCAAAGCAGAGAGGGAAGCUCACCUCACAGACACCAGCUUGCAAAAGGAAGCUGAGGAAAGAAUAAUGAUGGAGCUGAUGAAAUGUUACCAAGUCAGCUGAAGGAGCAGAAGCACCAGGGUCAUGCAGAAGCAGAGUGGAAAAGAGGCUUACGGCUUGGCAUUGGCAUCAAAUACUGUGUGAGACAGUUAAGGGUAAUUCAGAUACUUUUGGAGUGUUGCUGUACAUUUCCCUGUACCUGGGAGUCAUCCAGAGCAAUAGUUCUGCCAAAUAAAAGUUAGUUACAGAGAGGA